AUGGCUGACCAACGGACUGAAGAGCAGAUUGCAGAAUUCAAAGAAGCUUUUUCACUCUUUGACAAAAAUAGUGAUGGAACUAUAACAACAAAGGAAUUGGGAACUGUAAUGAGGUCUCUUGGGCAGAAUCCCACAGAAGCAGAAUUACAGGACAUGAUUAAUGAAGUAGAUCCUGAUGGUAAUGGCACAAUUGACUUCCCUGAAUUUCUGACAAUGAUGGCAAGAAAAAUGAAAGACACAGACAGUAAGGAAGUUAGAGAAGCAUUCUGUGUGUUGGAUAAGGAUAGCAAUGGCUGUAUUAGUGCAGCAGAACUUUGCCAUGUGAUGACAAGCCUUGGAGAGAAGUUAACAGAUGGAGAACUUGAUGAAAUGAUCAGAGAAGCAGAUAAUGAUGGUGAUGGUCUAGUAAACUAUAAAAAGUUCAGCAUUCAGGUUUUAACAACCCUUUCUAGAAUUUUGCAUCUGUGA